GGUUAUUCUGACGCAGUUAGGACUGUAGUAUUCUCACCUGACAGCACGCUGGUAGCGUCUAGAUCAGAUGAUAAUACAGUCCGGCUGUGGGAUGUAGUGAAGGGUGAGAGUGUUGCCGAGCUCCAGGGUCAUUCUGAUACAGUCAUAACUGUGGCGUUCUUACCUGACGGCACGCUGGUAGCGUCUGGAUCAUGGGACGAAACGGUUCAGAUAUAUCACGCGCGUGGU